AUGUGCCACUUUUCAGGUCUCCUCACACUGCUGGUGUGUUCCAUUUUUUGUCAUAGGGUGCUGGCAGAUUACGGGCCUCCCAUAGCUGCUGCCAGGCCCCUAAUCUGCCAUGGGCCCCUAUACCGCCUCCUCAUGCUGCUGCCAAGUCCAGAGUGUGUCAUGGGUCCCUGUACGGCCUCCCAUUGCUGCUGUCUCCAUCGCCACACUCUGCCAUGUGCCACUUUCAGGUCUCCUCACACUGCUGGUGUGUUCAAUUUUUUGACAUAGGGUGCUGGCAGAUUACGGGCCUCCCAUAGCUGCUGCCAGGCCCCUAAUCUGCCAUGGGCCCCUAUACCGCCUCCUCAUGCUGCUGCCAGGUCCAGAGUGUGUCAUGGGUCCCUGUACGGCCUCCCAUUGCUGCUGUCUCCAUAGCCACACUCUGCCAUGUGCCACUUUCAGGUCUCCUCACACACUGCUGGUGUGUUCAAUUUUUUGUCAUAGGGUGCUG